AUCUGGAUCCACAUGAUGCUACACCUCACAUUCUAAUCUUGAGAUUGGGGGAGGAGAUCUGAAGUGGCCAGGACCAGGUUCUGGCGAUAGGGUGGUGCCUAGGGAGGUGGAGGCCAGGUCCUUCCGGUGGCCCUGCAGAGCAGAGGGCGGGAGUGUGAAUGAGGGGCUGGCUGCGAGCGCGUGUGGGCGGAGAGCUCGGAGGAGGAUCGAGGGAGGCGAGCUCCCGAGCCAGCCAGCGUGGAGGGCCCGCAAGCGCCAGCGGGAGGCUUCAGGCCAGCUGACCUUCCUCCAGGAAGCCUUCCUGGCUCUCAAGGCUGGGUCAAUCAAUCUCUCCCCCUCUUGCCACACUUCUCUACAGCCCUGGGCACUGUACGGCAGCUCUCGGCUGCUCUUCCUCUGAGGGAGCAGCUAACAAAGAUCAGGCCUAAGCUGUGAGCAUUGGGCCAGCCCGGCAUCAGCAUGAGCACUCUGCAGUCAGCUGCUCCUACAGAGGGCGCCAGAGGCCCAGCCGGGAAGGCUGCAGUAGGCAUCCAGGAGAAGGGCCCUCGGCUCUGCCAGCGACUGCCCUCUAUCGUGGUGGAACCCACUGAAGUGGGUGCUGUGGAAAGUGGGGAGCUGCGUUGGCCACCUGAGGGCACCCAGAGAGGUACCGCUCAAAUCCAGGCUGCUGCUGCUCCUUCCUCGAGUCCACCAGGAGCACCAGGGAAGGCAGCAGAUCAGGAUGGCAUCAAGGACGUCAGCUCUGGGCACCAGGCAUUGCCUGGUCCAGUAACAGAUAAAGGCAUGGCAGGCCCUGCUCUCUGACCACGGAGAGGGCCUUGAUCCCAGGACGACUGGCUGAUUCACAGCUAAGGCUGGGCCCACCAGGACACCCAGCUCACCAAGCUUCCUGUCUGGCUAGGUGUGGCCAGGACCUCAAUCCCUGCCUUUGUGUUCCAUGGUCCAGAUCUGGAGUAUACCCCUCUUUGUCCAGUGAUUUGAAGCAGAAAUAAAGGCACCCUUCCCGGUGGCCAUGGGCACCCUUGGUGGGUACUUGAGGUGCUGAGGACAA